GUCAAGCUACGCUUGAUCUGGAACACUGGGUGUCGCAUGUUUCGUUUCAUAUUUCGUGGCGCGGUUGUUACAUUUGCGAUAUUGCCUUCGUUGUUGUUUUUCCAUGCAUUUCCUAAUAAUGCAUAGUUUGUUUGCGUGUAGGUUAUAAUGGAAGACUUUAAAUCUAUUUCGCAGGCUUGUUUCGUGUCUUUACCACGAACGAAAAAGCAUAAUAAAAGCUCUAGGGAGCCGAAACGUGAUAUUGGAGAGCGAUACACCAUUUACCAAGAAACCUGGACGCAUUUGGAAACAAGCAUCCAGAAAUGCCAAUGCGAUGCGCAUGUCGACGCGCUGAACUCUGUCGUGUCGUACGUGCAAGCUCACAACCCAUCUUUGAAACAAGCUCGCGAGCGAGUCGAGAUUCCAACGGCAGCCCUCAUCAUGGGUGUCAACAUGUCAGAUCAUGCGGAGGUUUUCAAGCUCCUGACUUGUAAGCUCCGUGCAUCCGUCACUGACAUGAUUGCCACUGUACAGGUCAAAGAUUGCAGCUCGAUUUCCGUCCUGAUGCAGAAAGUGGUUUCGGACAUUGUUCAGACUGCGUCAUCUGAUGAUGUGGUACUGAAGAAGAACCUGUGCACAAUGUCCAUGCUAGAUUCAUGGUACAAGUCUGCCAUGGAAAAGGCACCGUGUUCACCUUCAAAGAGGCAGAAGAAAACAGGCUCGUCAGUUCGGAGAGGAGAUCCGAUUGUUGUCAUACUCGAAGAUUUGGAGGGCUUUAAGCCUACAGUUUUGCAAGAUUUCAUUCUAAUAUGCAGCAACUACAUCGACCGACUUCCGCUCGUACUGAUCCUGGGAGUGUCCACGACGGUGAAUACCGUCCACAGGCUGGUUCCGCAAAGAGCCUCCUCUUGUCUUGCCAUCGAGACGUUUACUUCCAUCCCUGUGACGGAGUACCUGAGCCAGGUGUUUGAAAAGGUAUUGCUAGAUCCGUCAAUGCCUUUCAAACUGGGCCCUCGGGCAUUCCAGUUGAUCGUGGACGUCGUUCUGUUUCAUGACUUCUCUCUCACAAAUCUGCUGCAAAUGUUGAAGAUGUGCAUAUUUGAGCAUUACUACAGUAACAGUGCCUCCAUACUGUGCUGCCGGCAAGAAGAACUCGUAUCUGUUGUUCCUGCUCUGUCACGAGACAAAAUACAAACUGUCACAACUCUGCCAUCAUAUCAGAGGUACCUCCCCGAGAACAAAAUGUCGCCCGAGAAGACCUCUAAGAAAAUCUUCUCACUAAUUCAGGACCUGCACAACCACCACAGAAGUAGCCUGGUCUUGCUUCAGGCCCUUAGUGAGUUCUCGAAGAAGCUUCCUGGCAGCCCUCUUGGAAAUCAUUUUCGAGAGCUGUACAUCUCGUACCUUGAGUCGCCCCUCAGUGAGACGGAGGGCUUUGCAAAACUUGGGAAAUUGAUCAGGGUUAUGUCCAUCGAUGAGCUCCAGAAGAGGCUGGGUAGUGCUCUCGUCCCUUUCGACACUGUAGGCAAGCAGCUCUUUGAAACGGGCCUGCAGGAGUUCAGGGACGGCCUGGCGUCUUACAAGAAACGGCUGGACGACAUCUCAGGUCAGAAAAUUGAGGAUGCUGAAAUUGACGAAAUCCAGGAAGCUUCCCCUCUUGACUGGGGUGACCUCAGGAGCAGGUCUCAGUUCAGAGAGAAAUUGAAAGAUCUGACCAAGACAAAGAAGGUUUCUCCCUUUGAACUGCUGAGGGAGGAAUUCGCAGGCUACUUUAGAGAAGUGUUCAGUCAGCUGUGCCCUCCAUCCCGACUGCCUCUCCACGAAGUGCUCUACUACGAUGAUGCUCCUUCCUUGAAGCAAUAUUUCGUCCCAUCACCAAGAUCUGUGCUUCAUUCUGCCCUUGCCAAACCCUACACCUACCUGAAAUGCGAGUGCUGCCAAAGCAUCGGUGUAGCAGAGAUGUCGCCAUCGCUACCAGACCUGAGCCUGAGCUACAAGCUGCACCUGGAAAGCGGAAAACUGAUCAAUUUGUAUGACAUGAUGCAGGCUUUCCGUGGGGUGAAGAUGACGACAGGACAGAAGAAGCUGUCUGCAGAAGAAGAGAAGCUUAUUGAAGCCCAGUUCUUCCGGUCGGUUGCUGAAUUGCAGCUACUCGGGCUGGUGAAGUCGACGCAGAGAAAGACUGACCACGUGGCACGCAUGACGUGGGGUUCUUGUUGACGACUGAGGUCUGAGUGCUGCUUGAGCAGUUUUUUUGCCUUUGUUCUUUACUUUUUGAGCAUUAAAUGCAGCUGGGAAAAGU